GUUGUUCUACACUUGCAGAGCUGUAGGGAAGUACACUCUGGUCCCAUCCAUCAGCAGGAAAAUAAGAGCUGCUGGGCUGUGUGAGUUUGCACACAUCUGUCUACUGUAUUCUGCCUUGAGGAUCAUUCAUUCAUAAGGUAGGAUAUAAAUCUUCUAAAUAAAUAACAGUGCAUGUUGUUCAAUAUGUUCAGCAUCUGACACACUGCCUUUUUUAAAAAAAAGCUCUAAAACAUUUCUUUUACAGUGACUAUAAUACUAAUAAUGUAGAAAGUGCUAUAUGCUUCUCCUCUUCUUCUGGUGUCCUCCAAUGUUUUGGUCUGAAAAUCCAAUCUACCCCAGUUAGCAGGCUAGGGAUGGGAGUUCUGGUCUAAAAAAUCUAGAAGGCACAAGGUCAAGGAAGCCUGGGUUAACCUCAGCCACAAUGACUUUUCCCAAGCUAUUGACUGCAUGAUUCUGUGCAGCUAGGUGACCUUAAUUCAGUAAUGUGCAUGUUCACAUCUCACUCUGUACAGGAGUAGAAUACCAGAGAACAACCCCAGCUUACUAUUGUUAAGCUAGUAGACAUGUCUGGAGGGUCCUCUACCUUAUCAGCAUAUGUAUUAGAGAUAUUUAUCAAUCGCUUUUCAAGCAAAAUUCACAAAUAUCACACGAAUAAAUAUUAAAAUAUUAGGAUGCUAGAGCAUAAACUAAAAACAAAACGUAAGAUUACAAAGCGGCAGUGACACAGGCACCCUAUAGGCAAGCUUGCCUACAAGGACACCUCAGAGUGAGGCCAGGAGAGCCUGCUGCUCUAACAUCCCUUUGCUGGAAGCAAGAGGGAAGGUACAGAAGCUGGGAGAAGAGAUGAGGGUGGCAGCAGCAGAGGAGGGUAGCGGCGGCAGGGAAGUGUGACACAAGCCUGCUGUCAGAGGUGGCGUAAUGUCUUGCACCAGCCCUGGCUAUAAGGGGGAAACAUGUUUUCAAAAUUAUCUAUCUUCUCCCCCUAGGGCAAUGAGCACUCAAGGUAGCCCUGUGAUGUUGGCUCAGAGGCAAUUGAUACUGAUAUGAAUACCAAUUACAGGGGGCAGCUGUUGCCUUUAGGCUUUGAUGUUUGUGGGCUUCCCAAAGGUACUUAGCUGACCACUGUGGAGAAAAGAAUACCAAAUGGUCUCUGGCCUUAUCCAGAGCUUAGAAAGUUCAUUCUAAAAAGGAACUAGCUUUAGUUCUCCAAAAAAGAACUAAUUCCAAUUCAUGUUUUUCCCUUUACAGUACUUAAAAACAAAACAAACCUGUUCCAUUCAUAGUUCAACUCAUUCAUUCAAAUGAUCCUUGGCAAAAAGAGGGGAAUAAGAGCUUUCCGAGUGUUACAAGCUGCUGAAGUAUAACAUAUACUUCAGAAGCGGAAUGUAAAUUACUGUAUUUUUCCAUCUAUAAGACCCCCGCAUGUAGAAGAUGCCCCCUAUUUUGGGGAACUCAGAUUUAAGAAAAUGAGAUGUAUCCAUGUAUAAGACACCCCCUAAUUUUUGACAUUUUAAAGUAAAAAAACCUAGUCUUAUACAUGGGAAAAUACGGUAUUUAUUUCCCCCAACAAUUAUUAUUUUGGAAGCUUAAAGGCCUGAAGAGUCUAAAGAGUAAAAAAAGGGAAAAGUGAAUGAACUUGAGGAUGAGCUAGAAAUUGUUCAAAGUUCUACCCGAAAUUGAACUUAAUUCACUCAGCAAUUAUGAAAACUACUUUCAGAUACAGUUCAGAGGUUUUUGAACUAAAGCAGUGAACUUUGUUAAACCAAACUAUUUAAUUCCAAGAAUUAGUCUUACCUACCCUGUGGGGCUCAUUAUAUUUUUAUUUCUGUACUGUAACAUUUGAAGGCUGAAAUGGGACAUGAAACCCAGCUUAAGCCUAUGAUGAUGACAUCAUCAGAGAUGUAAGGAUCAUGGCCAUGACCUUUUGCAGCCCAGGAGCAAAGUGCUAGGUCUGAAACUGCUCAUCUAAUGACAAAUGUGAUUAAGGCGCACAGGAAGACGUCACUAACUCCACACCCUAGAGCAGUUAGCCAGGAUGGAGCCAGGCCCUUCAUAUAAGCACACAGGACAAGCAAAACCAUUUUUACAAUUGGAACAGAUUUCGAAUCAAAAGAGAAUUGGUAGGAAAACAAAAAAGUUGCCAAUGAGCAUAAACAUUCCUCUGAUGAAAAUAGGGACAUCCUAUUCAUACCCUCCAACAUUUCUCUGAUGAAAAUAGGAAUAUGCAGUGCUAUUUUUUCUAGAAAAAGAGGUGCCAGAACUCACCAUUAAUGCCUCCCUUGUUCUCUUAGAACAGGCAUAGGCAAACUCGGCCCUCCAGAUGUUUUGGGACAACUCCCAUUAUCCCUAGCUAAGUGGUCAGGGAUGAUGGGAAUUGUAGUCUCAAAACAUCUGGAGGGCCGAGUUUGCCUAUGCCUGUCUUAGAAUGACAAUGGUGCCUACCUGAGAGGUGCUGGAACUGAGUUUCGGCUGAAAAAUGGCUUUGGGGAUGUCCUAUUCCAUACCCUCCAACAUUUUUCCAAUGAAAAUUGGGACAUCCUAGGGAAAAGUCGGACAUUCUGGGAUUAAAUGAGAAACCAGGACGGCUUCUAUAAAUCUGGGACUACUCCUGGAAAAUAGGGAAAAUUGGAGAGUCUGAAGGUUGAUAUAAAACAACUUAUUGUUGUCAGUUGUUUUUAAUGCUCUAACCCACCCUUGGACCUUACAGUGAAGGGUAGGUAAUAAAUAAUAAUAAUAAUAAUAAUAAUUACAACAAAUACAAAACCUGGACUGGGGAUGUGUGGUGGCUAGAGUGGGACACAACUUCAAAAUGAUGGAGGAAACAAGGAGGCAGCUAGAGAACCAUCCUCACCCAGAGAAAAGAUCAAUGCAUUCAGUAUUUGUAGGACGUAAUCCAAGAUGGCUUGGAAUCUCCCAUAGGAAUGCUGUUGCUGUUUUGUUAGCUCCCUGAGAACAAACAGGUUUUGUAUACCGAUAACAGCAUAAAGUCAUGAUCUGCCCUUUAGCUUUUAUGUGAUGGUUGCUUUUAAUAGGCUUUUAUUUUUAAUGGUAUUAUCACUGAUUGUAGUUUGCCACUCUUGGCUCCUUUGGCGUGAGAUAUACAUGUAAUAAAUACAUAAAUUACAGUCAACUACUCAUAUUGCACCAGAGAGCUUCAUCUUUUGCAAGUGACUGUGGAGCAGACAGUGCCAGCUGGCCCUAAUCCUGCAUCUUGCCAGAGGAAGGCAAAUACCCCUUCCCAUAAUUCAGUGCCACUUCUCAUCCUUUCAAGUUUUGAUCUACAAGUUACAGCACUGUAAUGAGACACCCAGCCUGCCCCCCACCUCUGAAACUGUGGCAGGACUAUCACAAAUGUUUCUAUUUUAGGGUUGUUUGCUUUUGUUGUCAAGAAUUCUGCCACUUUAUCCUGGUGGUGGGUAAAGCUUAAAGUAGUUUGUAAACAAAAAAAUACAGGAGACCCAAAUGCAAAGUACCUGUAAUUUCUAAAAAAUAAAAACCAACCCUAGCUGUUAAAAAUAAUAAUCAUAGAAGACAGUGUCCCUACGCAUAACCAGAGUGCCUUUCCUCUUUCUUGGUUAGCAUGGCGAUUAAUCAAAGACAUCUCUUUGACACAACUUGGGUCUUCCUUUUCUCUUUUACUGAAGAACAGGGUACUUUAAUGCCAUCCUCCUCGCAGAGGUGUCUGUGGAGGGGAAAUAUUGAUUGAAAAUGUCUAGUAAACUACAUUGGUAGUUGGGUUCCUAUUGAGAGUAUUUGGUGAGCUAACAUGACAGUGUUGUGGGACUGAGGAUCGUUGGAGUGAUCAUUCUGUGAUAUUAUGCCAACGGACAAAGCUGUAUUGUAACUUUUGAAUAAAUGCGAAAAAAUAAAAAAAAUGAACAUGGUGUAGAAGCCAGUGGUGGUGCAGCGGUUAGAGUACUGGACUAGGACUUGUGAGGAGACAUGGGUUAACAACAUCCCCAUUCGGCCAUGAAACUCACUGGGUGAGCAAGAGCCAGCCACUGUCUUCUCUCUGCCUAGCCUGCUUCACAGGGUAAAACUGGGGAGAGGGACAAGGGGGGACAAGGGCUGGAAAUCUGAUUUAAUAAUAAUAACAACAACAACAACAACAACAACAACAACAAUAACAACACCCUGAACAUUUCCAGAGUGCUUCCUCUGUACAGUUGCAUUUCCCCACCUUUUAAAAGUGAACCUUAUACAAAUUAGGGAGAAACGAAAAACACCUGACCUCCCCCCGCCCCCGGCCAGCUUUGGCUACAAAUCCUUUUGAUGGCUAGCGGACAAAUUCUGGCGACUAGCGGCCCUUAACUCUCCUCCUCCUCGGCUCUCUGCCCUGAUUCAAUCCCACGACACACGUCUGAGGGAAGAAGCCCCUCAGAUUCCUCCUUCCACGUCCCACACGCCAGUGGCGGGAAGCCGAGGGGAGGCAGCGCGACAGGCCAGGCGACACGGAGCCCGGCUCCCCAUAGGCCGCGCUCGCUUGGCGCCCGCCCGCCUCCAUUAUGUGCUAAUUUAGCCCCGCGCUGAGCGAGGCUCGGCUUCCCCGAGCUUUUCCUCAGCCCGGAAUAGCUCGGCAGCCCCCCCAGCGGCGGCGGCAGCGCCACCCCCGCCUCCCCAACCGCUUCCCUCAACCGCCUUCGUGCUUGCGCUCUCAGCCCAACUUGUCCCCUAGCGAGUCCCGCCUCCCUCCCUCCCUCCCUGCCGCGCGCCUCAGGAGGCUGGCUGGCGGGCGGCGCAGGGGCCACCCCUCCACUCGGCCUCGAGGCGGGACGCAGCAGCAGGGUAGGCUGCGCCGGGUUCUGUGUUCGUUCGCUCGAGCAGGGAGGGCGGGGAGGAGGAGGGAGGAGGCUGGCUUGUUGCAGUUGGGAGCGCCUGUCAUGGAGGAGCUGCGCCGCGAGCGGGGCGCGGCGGCGGCGGCACCGACGGCUGGACUGUGAGGAGCGGCGCGGCGGUUGCUCUGAGGAGACGGAGCCGGGCCUGCCUUUCGGCGGGAAGGUAGCUGGCUGCAGAGACCAGAGGGGGAAAGGGAGAGAGAGAGAGACAGGCUCCUUCCUCGUCCUCCUCCCUUCGCCUCCGCCCCGGCCUGGCUCUCAGGCGUUGCCGAGGCUCCUCCUGCCUUGCCGGUCGCAGCGAAGGGCGAGCGGGGCGGUUGGAGUUUCGGCGGCCGGGCAGGCAGCGCUGCGGUUCGGGGCGGGCGAAGGGAACGCGAGGGACUAGCAGGCGAAGGCGACGCAGGUGAGGAGCGGCUGCCCGGCAGCGGAGCUUUCUAGGCGACGUCGGCCGCCCGCCUGCCUGUUUCCUUUUGGCCGCGGGAGGCUCCCCAGGGGAGAAGUCAGGACAAAGGGGGCGGAGAAGCGAAGGGCGUCCUGGGUGGCUCGGUGCCCGGAGCGCAGCCCCUGCGGGUGGGCUGGGGGUCGUGAGCAGGGCGAAGCGCCUCGGGUGUGGGGGUCGUGACCGUGGGGGUACGAUGGGGCCAUCUAUGCCGUCAAACCGUGUAGGGCAGGCGGGGAAAUUCCUGAGGGCGCCCUCCCAGCUGAGGGCGCACUUGAAAGCUUUCCUUUUGUGAGUCUUGUGAUAUUUCGGGCAUAGGUUCGGAUCCCAGCCUUAAAAAGUUCUUCGCCUUUGCUUCUUCUUUUUUGUAGCCACCAGGUGGUGACAAUCCCGUGUCAGCUAGGUUGUCUGAACCCAGAUGGGCUCAGCAGACAAAAUAGACGGUUAACCGGUAUGAGAAGUAGCAAGAAUAAUUUGCAUCGGGGAUCCUAUCUCCCUCAUAGUCAUCUCAAAAGCUAGCAUUUGUUGCCUGUAAAUGUUCAGACCCAGGUGCCUUUUUCUUCUGGGGGCAAGUGGGAGGGACAGUAUUAGCAAGGGUAAUGAUUGUAUUUUGAGUGUCUUCACUUAGCUGUCAAACUUUGUCUUGUUUUCUAGGUUGCUGAGCAUAGUAUUUGCUUUAAGAGGUCUCGUGUGAAAGCUUCAUGCAGUACACAGAGGCAGCACAUCCUUGGAGGAGAGUGUGCAGGGAGCAGCUUCAACUCUGUGGUUCCAGUUAUCCCAUUAUCUGUGAUUCUGAAGAACAAGUCAGAGAGAGAGGAAGAGACUAAAUGGAUCUUAAGACAGCAGUAUUCAAUGCAGCUCGGGAUGGCAAGCUGCGGCUUCUCACCAAGUUACUGGCGAAUAAAACUAAAGAAGAAGUGGCCUUGCUGGUGUCAGAAAAAACAAAUGGUGCCACGCCCCUUUUGAUGGCAGCCCGCUAUGGCCAUCUUGACAUGGUGGAACAUCUACUGGAACAGUGCAGUGCUUCUAUAGAAGUUGGUGGCUCUGUGAAUUUUGAUGGUGAGACUAUUGAAGGUGCACCACCCUUAUGGGCAGCAUCAGCAGCUGGCCAUUUGAAGGUGGUCCAGUCUUUAUUAAAUCAUGGAGCAUCUGUCAACAAUACCACUUUGACAAACUCAACACCUCUUAGAGCUGCCUGUUUUGAUGGUCAUCUAGAAAUUGUAAAGUAUCUUGUGGAACACAAAGCUGACUUGGAAGUAUCAAACCGCCACGGGCAUACAUGCCUUAUGAUAUCGUGUUAUAAAGGGCACAAAGAAAUCGCUCAGUAUUUGCUUGAAAAAGGAGCUGAUGUAAAUAGAAAAAGUGUCAAAGGUGAGUUCAGUAUCCAUUUUCAGCAGUGAAUUUUAAAGAACUGUUCAGAAUGUUCAUUUGGUUUGACAGUUCAAAGGUUCAAAGUCCAAGCUUAAUUCUGUCCUUGCUAAAUUUUCCAUGCUGUAUAUAACAUUCCUUUAGGUUUCGUUUUUAAAGGGAAUUGUUCCAUAGAUUAUGCUCAGGUAGUGUUGUAUAGGUACAAUGAUGUGGUGAUAAUUCCUUGUUUUUUUAAAAAGCAACAUCAUACAGAAACUGGAUUAUUUUGGAUCAUUGAAUGGAAGAAUUUAAUCACUAUUAAUACAGGUAAUACUACAAAUACAAAUUGCAUUGGCAUUCUUUAGGCAUCACCACCCAUUAUCUAAAUAUAUCUAUCUGCCUGCUAGGUAUAGUAAGGAUAUAUCCCAUAUUAGUCUUAUCCUUACAGUUGUAAUAGAAUUACAAUAAAGGGAUAGUGGCACUGUGUCACAACUGAAGCCUUUGUUCUUCUUGUUUACUAUGUUGACACUUUUGGUCAGCAAAAUUGUUUUGUGGAUUAUUCUCGUGAUUGUAGUUUACUCGUCCAUUUGUUCUAGACAUGACAUUGCUUUUUUAUUACAGUAUUUUCUUUUCUUUCACAUUUUUACUAGUUUGCUAGGAAUGUUUAUUGCUUCAGAGAGUCACAAAGACUACUCUGCCCAUCCUGUCUCUGACUCACAUGCAUCUGACCUCCCUUAACCACACUAAUCUAAAAAACAGGACAUAUAACCGAGAGACUGUGCAGUCCUACACAGGUCUACUCAGCAGUAAAACCCAUUGAGUUCCAUGGGGAUUACUCUCAGGUAAAUGAGUCCAUAGCAGCCUUAGUCUUACGAAAAUCCAUGGGCUUUGGUUCAAUCAUUUCCACUGUGUAAUAACAAAUAUUAUUUGUAUGCUAAGUAACUGAGUAACUGAGAGCACACUGGUGUAACUACAAAUCAGGAAAUUUCUAGUUUUGACUUGUUUCUGUCGUGAACCCCCCCAGACAGUUGCUUAGAUUCCUGGAUGCAAUAUAGUGAGGGGAUAAAUCAAACUAUGAUUAUGUAAAUUCUUUGAACAGUCCACAGCUUUAUAUAAAUACUAAGUGUUAUUAUUAUUGACCAGCUGGAUCUUGUUUUGUGACUUUCUGGUGUUGUCUUUCUUCACUCUGCUUAAUGACUCAUAAUUGAAACACAAGUUCUGCCCUUAUAGCAAUGUGAAAGGAAUUCUAUUUUUAUAAGCAGAAGAAGCAUACUGCUGUCACUGACACUUGGUAGCAGAACUUAACCCCUUUCUGUUAUUUUAAUUUCUCAGUAUUAUUUUAGUAAGUAAAAGGUAAAGGGACCCCUGACCAUUAGGUCCAGUCGUGACCGACUCUGGGGUUGCGCCGCUCAUCUCGCUUUAUUGGCCGAGGGAGCCGGCGUACAGCUUCCGGGUCAUGUGGCUAGCAUGACUAAGCCGCUUCUGGCGAACCAGAGCAGCGCACGGAAACACUGUUUACCUUCCCGCCGGAGUGGUACCUAUUUAUCUACUUGCACUUUGACGUGCUUUCAAACUGCUAGGUUGGCAGGAGCAGGGACCGAGCAAUGGGAGCUCACCCCGUCGCGGGGAUUCGAACCACCAACCUUCUGAUCAGCAAGUCCUAGGCUCUGUGGUUUAACCCACAGCACCACCCACGUCCUAUUAUUUUAGUACAUUAACUAAAAGAACUGUGUCAUGGUCAUGGGUUCUUUCUAUUAGUAAAGUGUCUAGAUAAUCGAAGCUAUGCCAGGUGAGAACCCACAGAAACUUUUAUGGAUGCCCUUUCCUAAACAUUGGAGAGUAGCAUUGCUGGUUCAUUGGCAAAUGAAGCUUACAGGAUUGUUUAUCCUUGAUGAUGCUCUUUUUUCCAAUUGGUGGAAUAAGAGUUUUGGCCUAGAGAUUAAAAAAAAAAAAAUUCACCAAAAGUUGUGGCUUCAUCUAUUUUUCUUUGUCAUAGGUUCACAUAAGAUUAAUUUUAUUGAAAAUAAAAUCUUAAUUUUAUUGUAAUUAUUAAUAGAAAAAGUAAUUAUCUCAAUUCCCACAUCAAUAUAUUCAGAGGGUAAACUGGGGAAUAAUUUUUUGUAGCAACCAAUUUAACAUGACUGCCAGUUUUGGACUUUGAGUAGUAUUUUGUGCACAUCUGUACUGUGAGCUCUGAAGUUUCAAAAUAACACAGGAAGUAAAUAUUUCAGAGUUUUUGUUUUCAUGUAGUAUAUAUGCAGAUUGAGUAUUGGUGUCUUAAAAGAUAUCAAUUUCACCUUUAAAAAGGUAGUCUUAUAAUUCGGAAAGCAGUGGGUGGUCUCCAGUUAACUCAUUCUGUCAGUGCAAGCAUUUUCACUUGCGUAAUGGAACUUCUCCCUUUUCUCCUCCUUCCAUGUGCCCCUUAUUGUUCUGGGUUCCCCCCCAACCCUCUGGAACUGAUGUAGGGAGGAUAUUAGGCGUGUCCAGGGAGAGGAGACGGGAAGUUCUGUUGUGCUAGUGGAAAUCACUGUGCUGAUGGAACAAGGUAGUUGGAUACCAUUUGUAGUCCUUUUUCAUAUAAUGCAUAAUGGGUCAGUUACAUGAUGCUUUUUGUUCAGAACAUGCAUAAAUGUAGGUUUAUGAAGCAAGACCUGGCAGUAGGGGCAGUAAGGCCUGUCUUGCCAGCUGGGGAGCACUCUGGAUUCUGAUUUCUGAUUUCUAAAGGUACUUUGAAGCAGCUCGCAAAUGUAGAGAAAAUACACAUUUCUUCCUUAACUGUGCUAUUCUAUAAAAUGUAUAGAAUAGCACACUUUAUGAACAAAGCAAGCUCAGAAAUAAGCUCAGUUGAAUCCUAACCCCUGGCUAGCAGUGGCAAGAUUUGCUGGAGCUAUUCAGCUAGCCACUGCAACCACAGUCCUGCUGCUUUUGCUUGUCAGGGUGGGAGGGGGCAGGAAAAAUGCCCCUUCACUGUGCCAGCUACCAGGAUCAUACCCAUCUGCCAUCAUGUGAUGGCAGCAUACCAGCUCUGAUCUUGUGUCAACCCAGUCCAUCCCUAUAAUGCCUCAUUUUGGGGGUCUCCAUUGUAGUAGUGAUAGUGCCAGUGCUAGCUUCCAUCUUUCUGCUAUUUGGGUGGGCAUAUUGAACUGCAGCUAUGCCAGUGGCAAAACUCCCCUGGCAGGCUAGUGGAGCCAGGCAGAGCUGGAUAGAGGGACACAUUUGCUGCAUCUACACUCGCUCCCAACAUGGCCAUUUGGGCAUUUGAAUUGCUCUGUUACUCUUAGACAAGUGUGGGCAGGAGUGCAACCAAAGUCUCCCUGCUGCAAAUAGCAGUAGCCUGGAGACUUUAGCAGGGUUGGAGAAACAGGCAGCCCUCCAAAUGUUGCUGAGGCUGAUGGGAGUUGAAGUCCAACGGUGUCUGGAGAGCCAUGCUUUUUAGACAAAUCUACCAAAGGGUAACUAGCUGUUCUGAAGCUAUCAGUUUUAUUCAGUUCCUGAGAAGCACUUUCUUCCACCAUAUGUCCUCCACAGUGGUGAUAGUAAGAGCAGUUUCUGUCUCGGGUUUCUAUUUCUGGCUCUUUUCUCUAAAUCCUUAGAAGAUUGUGCUGGCAGUAUGUGGAGGAGUCAGCUUGUUUAUUAUGUUGUUGUUGAGCUUGAUCCUGCCUUUUGAAAACUCCUAGCUUUGUGUGGAACAAUUUAUGUGCCUAUACUAUAGUUGUAGUACAGUGUGGUGGUGUGUGUGUAUUACAUGAAAAGAUAUGUAAGAUAUUCGUUAUUUGGCAAGGAACCUAAAAUGUGUUUGAGGAAGCCUGUCCAGCGUAUUCUAGAGCCAGACAGAAGAACCAUGUGAAUCCCUUCUUUGUUAGUCAUACUGUUGUGCUUAUAUAAACCUAUCACAUUUUUGUGUUCUAUGAUUAUCACUUCGGAGUCUAUCCAUGGCAACAUUGUCACUUGGAGAAAUAUUAAGCUGCAUAGAUUUAGAGAGAUUUUAUUUAGGAAUCUUUUAAACGUUAUUCAAGGACUAUGAAAAUGUUAUACUUCUUCCCUAGUGGAUACUUUUAGGAAGAAGGCAAACACGUUAGUUAAAUACGAAAUUUACAGGAAGCUAAGCAUUUCAGAUGAUAUAUUUUCAUUGAACGGAUAAGGAAGUUGAGUGGAAACUAAAAUAUAUGCAUCACAAUCCUAUGCAGAUUUGCACAUAAGUACUUGCCCCAGAGUCGGCCACGACUGGACCUAAUGGUCAGGGGUCCCUUUACCUUUACCUUUUACUUGCCCCUCUGAAUGUUCAGUAUGUCUUACUAGCAGCUGUUAUCUCAGGCUGCAGUCAUAUGCACAAGUGGAAGGGUAGUCUUUCAAUAAGGUUAUGAGUUACCGUAUAUACUCAAGUAUAUGCCGAUUUUUUCAGCACAUAUUUUAUGCUGAAAAAGCCCCCCAUGGCUUAUACUCGAGUGAGGUGGCCGGCCCAAAAGGAGCCCUUUCUCACCGCUGGUCCCGCCCCCGCCUCUUGCAAGGGCAGGCACAGGAGCCAUGGUUGGGAGAGGCCCUGCGCUGUGCUUCUCCCAGCCAUGGCUCCUAUGCCUGCUCUUGUGAGCGGCAGAGGGACGAGCAGCCUGAAAGGAGCCCUUUCGGGCUGCUCCUUCCUCCUCCUCCACCUUUGCCACUGUCGGCAGCUGCGGAGGAGGAAUGAGCAGCGCGAAAGCAGCCCUUUUGGGCUGCUUGUUUUUCCUCCGCCACUGCCACCACCAGGUUUCUGGUGUGGUGAACCAGCUUAUACUCAAGUCAAUAAGUUUUCCCAGUUUUUUGUGCUAAAAUUAGGUGCAUCAGCUUAUAUUCGAGUCAGCUUAUACUCAAGUAUAUACGGUAAUUAUUUAAGGGUGAAAUCCAGUUUUCCACCUCUCUUGGGAUGGGUUUUGAUCCAGCAGAGGCAUCUGUGAAUGUCAAAAGGGGGAAGCAAUUUUCUCCCAAUUCUCUUUUCUGAUGAAGUCCAUCACACCACUUUUCAUACUGUUCUAAAAGGUUCCCUGAACCUCUAGAACAGAUUUGGGCAGGCAUUAAAAGGUGAAUUAGAGAAAAUCUCAUCCCCUCCUCUAAUGUUAGCAGAUGCCUGUGCUAGAGCAAAAGCUGCCCUGCAAGUGAGAGGGCAGCAUUCAGUGCAUCUUAUUCUAAAUAACUAAACAAUGAAAUGUGGUGGUUCUGACAGGACAUGAUUAAUCCAUGUAUUAUGGCUUUCAGAAAGUUAAAAAUAAAAUUGGCACAUUGUCUGUGAUUCAAAGCUUAACAGAUUUAUAGCCAGUAGUAAUAUACUAGGGAAGAUGACUACACUCUUGUAGACAUUGAGUUGUACUCUGUCCAUGAUGGUACACUGGGUUACUUUACCAACCUGUUAAGAGUUAAGAUUUUGGUGAGCUGGCCUAGUAUCUUAAACUACGUGGCGAGUGAGCAAACAAAUUCAAUUCCUGUGAAAUGGUGAACUAUUGGAGAGAAGCUGAAUCUGAUUCUUCAGUGAAAUACUGGCUGUGUUUUAUCAACAGUAAGUUCCUUCCCCAAGUUGGGACGUAGGGACAUGAUCCCAACACAGUGCUUCUGUGCUGCAUUAUUACCCAGCCAUGUAUAAGCUGGAUGUUGAGUAGUAUCAGCAUCAGUGAGCCAUGUGCAUAUGAAUUGGUGUAAGUGGAACAAAUGUCAGUAAUAAUUAGGUAUUUCAGUUUCAGCUUUUUGCAUCCUUUUCUUAAGCUAUCAUGCUUUGUGCUUCCUAUCUUUAAAUACCUUCUUGGUUGUCUUCCAAGUUAUCUCUCCCUGCCUGUCCACAAAGAUCUGCCUCAGGGCCCCAUGUGAACAAUUUCUUGGACAUAAUGACUUUUCAUUUUCCUCAUAGCAGCAUUCUUUUUUUGAAAACUCUCCCGUUAAUUUGACUUCACAGUAAUACAGUAGUGAUGGGGUGGGACAAAUAGGCAACCAAUUUCCUGUUUGUGUGUUUUUUGCUAUAUACAUAAACAGAGCUUUAUUACAGAAACAUUUUGUAAGACAUGUUCAGAAGGCUAUCUACUAAGAAAUUUACCCAGUAUAAGUGGAGGGAAGCAGUGAAGUAUUAAGAGUACAGUGACUCAGGCGCAAGCUUUCACACACAUUGUGGUAUAAAUCCAAUUAAAGAAAGUCAGACUUCUUUCUAAAUAAGCAUGCAUAGAAUUGUGCAGCAUAUCUCUGUGCUGUUCAUUUGCAAGGGAGUACCUGAACCUAUUUUUUCCUUGGGCAAGCUGGCAUAUCUGUUCCAUCUUGCUAUUUCAAGCAGCAAACCAGUACAGCCACUCAUAAUAGGAAUAUACUUGCAGUUGAACUAUAACUAUUUCAAAGGCAAUCUUUAAAUUUAUUAGAAAUAAUUAAACAAACAUCAGCUGUAGUUUCAGUUGCCUAAUUGGAUGCAGAUUUACUCCCCAAUUUGUGAUUUGAGACAUCACACUAGAACAGAUACCUACAAACAAAUAUAUUUGUAAAAUUGUGCCGUAACUGAUCAUGUCAAAUGGUGGGAUGGAAUACUUCCUGUUGCAGGAUCUGCUUACUUGUAAAUGCUCCAAUCUGCCCCUUGAUACAACAGAGAAAGAUGCUUACCUGCAGGAAUUUAUUUAUUUUGAUAAUUAUUUUACAGUUCUAGAUAUGUGCUGACUGCAACCCCACAAGCAGCAAUCAGACUCUGCAUUGAUUGUGAAACUUAUUGGAGAAAUCUUCUUUCUCCUGUUCACAAUUUUCUAAAGUGGAGAGGGGAUUGCUACAGAACUUGGAAACAGUCACUGCUAUGACCUCAGAGAUUUUGAUGCUCCUGAAGGGCCUUGAAACUGAGUGACGUAAUAAAGUUAGGCUUGUGUAGAGCAAAAAAUUAUAGAUAAUUGUUUGAACUACGCGGGUGGCACUGUGGUCUAAACAACUGAGCCUAGGACUUGCCGAUCAGAAGGUCAGCGGUUUGAAUCCCCGCAAUGGGGUGAGCUCCCAUUGUUUAGUCCCAGCUCCUGCCAACCUAGCAGUUCAAAAGCACGUCACGUGCAAGUAGAUAAAUAGGUACCACUCUGGAACGAAGGUAAACGGCGUUUCCAUGUGCUGCUCUGGUUCACCAGAAGCGGCUUAGUCAUGCUGACCACAUGACCACUGUCUGCGGACAAACGCUGGCUCCCUCGGCCUAUAGAGCAAGAUGAGUGCCACAACCCCAGAGUCGUCCGCAACCGGACCUAACGGUCCGGGGUACCUUUACCUUUUAUGCUUCAUUAUUUGAUCCAGUAAGGCUUAGCUGCCCCAAUCCUAUAGAACUCCUUACCCAGGGGUGGUUAACCUGUGGUUCUUUGAAGUUGUUGGACUUCAGCUUCCAGUCCCAGCCAGCAUAACUAAUGGUCAGAAUUGAUGGGAGUUGUAGUUUAGCAACAUUUGGAGGACCACAUGUUGGCCAUCCUGUCUUAAUCGGUUUACCUCCUGCAGAAAGAAUAGCAUUACUCACCUGUUCUUAAAAUGUUUAAGGUAAUCCUUGCAGAAUUCCCUCCCCCCCCCCCCAAAAAAAAUCAUGUUCACUUUACUGUGACCUGAGUGUUGGCUACAGAAACAAGUUAUCUAAAUGUGCCAGCAGACAGGGCUUUCCUUUAUUUCCUUCCCAAGUCCAUUGUCUCAGGUACUAUAAAUGCUUUGAACACCACUGAAUGAGUGGUUAAAUACAGUGGUACCUCAGGUUACAGACUCCUAUAACCCAGAAAUAGUACCUCAGGUUAAGAAAUUUCCUUCAGGAUGAGAACAGAAAUCGCGCACCGGCGGCAGCAGGAGGCCCCUUUAGCUAAAGUGGUACCUCAGGUUAAGAACAGUUUCAGGUUAAGAAAAGGCCACCAGAAUGAAUUAAGUUAUUAACCCGAGGUACCACUAUAAUAUGUAUUGGGAAAACAUGGGGAAAAUUUUAGCUCCAGCAGAACAGCUGCAGUGGGAUGUUCUGGCAAAAUGCUGUAAGCUUUGGGUUGGCAAAUAUAAAAGCCACAUAUUCAAGGCUGAUUGUUUUUCUUAAAUUCAAACAGGAAAUUUAUUAAGUGACUAAUAAGGAAUGUUACUUUUCUUACAUGUUCAUGACUUAGAUUAAAAUACCACCUUUGUCGAUUAUUUGUCCACUGCUUAUGAUGUGCAAUUUUAUCAUUAUUUUAAUGACUAGCAUACUAGCUAAUUUGAAUUCUGUACAGCCAUAAUUCCUUCAUUGUUUCUCUGAAAAUGUGUCAUAGCAUACAUGAUUUUUUUGCUUUCUUUUUUCCAUAGGAAACACAGCAUUGCAUGAUUGUGCCGAAUCUGGUAGCCUGGAAAUAAUGAAGAUGCUUCUCAAAUAUUGUGCAAAGAUGGAAAAAGAUGGUUAUGGAAUGACUCCCCUUCUGUCUGCUAGCGUUACAGGUCACACAAACAUAGUUGACUUUUUGACCCAACAUGUUGAAACUAGCAAAGUAGAACGUAUAAAUGCACUGGAACUCCUGGGAGCCACCUUUGUGGAUAAAAAGAGAGAUUUGCUCGGUGCUUUGAAAUACUGGAAAAGAGCUAUGGAUAUGAGAUACAGUGAUAGGACUAACAUACUGAGCAAACCUGUGCCUCAAACGUUAAUUAUGGCCUACGAUUAUGCCAAGGAGGUGAACAGUGCCGAAGAGCUAGAAAACCUUAUUGCAGACCCUGAUGAGAUGAGAAUGCAGGCCUUGUUAAUUAGAGAACGUAUUCUUGGCCCAUCUCACCCAGAUACGUCCUACUAUAUUCGGUACAGAGGUGCUGUCUAUGCAGACUCUGGAAACUUCAAACGAUGCAUCAAUCUGUGGAAGUACGCUUUGGACAUGCAGCAGAGCAAUUUGGACCCCCUGAGCCCUAUGACUGCGAGUAGUCUGCUUUCGUUUGCUGAACUCUUCUCCUUCAUGCUUCAAGACAGAGCCAAAGGCCUGCUGGGCACAACAGUUACAUUUGAUGAUCUCAUGGGUAUACUGUGCAAAAGUGUCCUCGAAAUAGAACGUGCCAUCAAGCAAACUCAGUGUCCGCCUGACCAAAUACAGCUCAACAAAGCCCUUUCCAUCAUUUUGCAUUUAAUUUGCUUGCUGGAGAAAGUUCCUUGUAGUCCCGAGCAAGAUCAUUUCAAGAAACAAACUAUAUAUCGAUUUCUUAAGCUACAUCCUAGAGGAAAGAAUAACUUCAGCCCACUCCACCUUGCUGUUGACAAGAACACCACAUGUGUGGGGCGCUACCCAGUUUGUAAAUUUCCUUCUUUGCAAGUCACUGCUAUACUAGUGGAAUGUGGCGCUGAUGUAAAUGCUAGAGACUCUGAUGACAACAGCCCUUUGCACAUAUCUGCACUGAACAACCAUCCUGACAUCAUGAAUCUUCUUAUCAAGUCAGGAUCACAUUUUGAUGCAACAAACUUGCAUAAACAAACUGCUAUUGACUUGCUGGAUGAGAAGGAAAUGGCAAAGAACUUGAUCCAGCCCAUCAACCAUACUACACUGCAGUGUCUUGCUGCCCGUGUAAUUGUGAAUUAUUGCAUAGGUUACCAAGGGCACAUCCCAGAAAAACUUGAGAACUUUGUUUUGCUCCAUAGAUGACAGUCUGACAAUAGGCCCUUGGUACUGUGGGAGCACGAGUUAGUAACAUCAAUUGUUGCUUUCUCAAGCACUGUUGUGAUAUGCCAGCGAUACACCAUCAUUCAUUCAGCUUGGUCCAUCCUGCUCAUUGGCUAAAGCAUUAUUAGAAUCAGAUCUGCAGAAUUGGUUGCCCAAUAUUUAAAACAAACAUACCAUAUAAUAUAUUUUGUGGAUUAUUUAGAAAUGUAAUGCUAUAUUCGGACUCACUAAAAUUUGUCUGCCAAAGGCUUGUCUACUCUGGUUUAGUUUGCCUGUUGGUUGUUUGGGACUGAACUGAAUAAUUUUCGUGGUGUUGUCUUAUUCUUACUGGUGUGUGGAUUUUAUAUAGUUGGGAAGUCAUCUUUUUGUUCUUGCUUGAGCAUUUCUAUUCUUUUUUCUAAUGGGUUCAUUGCUGAACUAUACAAGUUGUAUGGACUUGUUAACAUUUGCAAUUACCAUAAGUGCUUUUAUCCUCUCUAUGCACUGGCUUGAACAUGACUGUUUGUGUGUUGGCAUAUUUCUAUGCAGCAGUUGGCCAUUGUCAGUUCUGACACUGUUUUCUUGCAGUUUGUUAGAGAACUCUCUGAAAAUAUACCCUUUACAGUUUGACAUUUCUUGAAGACAUCAGUCAGCUGUCUAAACUCAUAUGACUUUUUGCCCCCAGCUUUUUCUGCAGUUGCUUUCCAUUUAUUUUUCUAGAGUUGUGUGCUGAAUUUGGGAGUAAAAUGUGUUCUUGUUGGCAAUCCCACUUUUAAAUUAAGUCUGAAAGUCAUAUAAAUAUGUCUUGCUGCGAGGAGAGAAAGGAAAGGAACUGCCAUAUUCUCCUCUACACUAGUGUCUUGCUUGAGCUGAUUGUGUGACUAGGCAUAGAGAGUUUUUUUUCCAAAUUUAACCUGAAACUUAAUCAUACAACUCAGUGAGUACUAGAUCAAACAUAGUCUGAAAUUACAACUCAAGAUUCUUAAGUACAAAAGAAAUUAAAGCAUGUUGGCAUGAUGCUUGUCAGUCCAGAUCUAGCCAUCAACUAGUAUAAUUAACUAUAUGGUUGUAAUCAGUAGCCCUCUGCAGGGGCUUCAGAAGUUUAGUAGUAUCCCCUUCAUUUUCAAAUAACUCUUACAGAUAAUUUGCAUGCAUUUUAUUCUCUAAUACCUUUCAGCCAUAUUUAUGGAAAACAUCAGAGGCCAUGUUGAGUACAUAGUCUCGACUGAAAGCUAUCUAUUUUUAUAAUACUUGCACAACAGCUUAGCUAUUGCAGCAGAAAGGGCUUUUUAGACUUGAUAAGGAAACCAUAAGUGAAGACUACAAAUGAGAUUAAGAUUCAGGUAAUUAAUAUAAUUCAGCACUUUAUUGUUGAUUCAUAAUGAAACUUAUUAUGGCAUAUUAGACCUGCAAAUGUCUUAAAAUAAAAUGGUUCUCAAGAAAAAAAAAAUCCCACCUCAUUUUUCUUCAAUGGAAUACAGUGUAUUUGACAUUUUCACAAUCUAACAUAUCGAGUGUUUUCCAGUACUACUAUACCUAGUGCUUUUUCAAUUCACAAAAAAAAAAAAACAACAACACAGAGGUUACUGUGAAUCUGUAGCAGUUGACAGUGCAGGAAAAAUCAGAACCAAAUCAAUGCAUCAAGGCUGGCAUGAAUGUGGAAUUCCUUUUUUAAUUCCAACAUUACUACCCUCAGUUGAUUGAUCACAUUUGGUUGGCACAUCCUCACAGUACUUAUUAACUAGUACUCACACUGACUUUUUAAAAUCAUCACUUUAUUGGCCUCUUCAGAAAUAAUGCUAAACCAUGGGUUAGCAUUUUGAGAACAAACUGCGUCUUUGUGCUUUCUCUUUUUCUUCUCCUUAGUGUUUGUGGGAAGAAGACUGGAAACUUCCAGUUUCAUUUUGGAAUAAAUCACAAAUAAACCAGGAAACUGGUUUAUUUAUUCUAACUAGUUAGUUCAAAUGAACCAGGAUUAAACAAUAGUUUUACAUUCUCAUUUGUUAAAACAAACCAGGUAGCCACUUCCCAAACAAACCACUCAGAAUUAGCCAUUUCCCAAUUCAGGACGCUAUGAUGCAUUAAUGUGAUGCAUUAAAACAAGGUAGAAGCUUGCUUUCUCCUUUUUUCACAUGCAAAGGAGGAGGAGAGUGGAGAGAAAGGGAUGCAAGUCCAAAGUUCACUGUGGUUCAUUCUUGCAAUGCUAUAUCGUGUUUUAGUGUUGCUUUUGAAGUGGGCCGUUGCCUAGUCUAGAGUGUAUAUGACAAAAAUUUAUUUGUUCCAUCACACCAAGAAAGGAAUGAGAAACUUGCAUUGCUGUUUGUUUAAUUUUCAGAACUGGCAAGAAAUGCAAGUUAUUUUUUGUUCAUGGGCACAUCUGUGUCACUAUCAAAAGCAAAUUGUAUGGGGAAAUUGGGUUCACAAGUAUAAAGGAGAACAUUUAAUUUAACUAAUUACUUUUACCCUGGUUGAAACACAUUCCUAUUUCUGGAUUCACAGUCUGAGCAGUUUGGGGGUGGGGAAGUCAGAUUUUUCAUAAUCUUCAUUGCUUGCCUGCAAGUAGACAAUACUAAUUCAUAUACUAGAAGGGCAAAACUUAACCUACUUUAGCCUAAAAAUAGGACAUGAGAUGAACAGGGAGACUGUAGAACACUGUGUCCUCAAAAAUGUUUUAUUUUCCUUUGUAACUACUCAGGCAAUACUAAGCGUUUGGAAAUGGGGAUAUCUCUUGACUUAUUGGACAUACUUUGAAAAAUAUCUUCUGCUGAUAAGUUAAAGAAUUGGUAUUCUGUAAAACUUUUAAAAAACCUUAGUUAAUGGUGACUGAAGACUUCUUGCUGAAUAUGGCAUCUUCGUACUGAACAACCAUACAUCAUUUUUAAAAAUACAAUUUAUUUACACUCUUGAUACUUCAUUUUUAAAAACAAUACAAUUAAUUUACACCCUACACCUACAGUCCAAGACUCAUGAAGACAAAGUAUGGUUCUCUUCUUGUUUUCAUAUUAAUUUUCUAAGUCUUUAAACUACUGAAAUUAAUUUGCUAAAUGUUCAGACUAAUGCAGCUUUAGAUGCAUAGUAAAUUAGAAACUACCAGAUAGCCAUCUCUUUGUGUAUACUAAAAAGUGGCUUCCAACAGUAAUUACCCACCACUUGGAAUACUGAUGAUAGCUGUUCCUGUAGUCCUGGAAAUUAUUACUUAGUAUAAGGCUUAUAAGCCAUUCAAGAAGAUGUGUUUUAGCAUGGGUUGCAGGAAUAUCUACUUGCCAGCAUUAGGGAAAUGAAGCCCUUUAAGAUAUUCUGACUGAUCAUUUCUCUUCAACAUAGUUUCCCCUAAAAACAUCUAGUUUCUUCUUACUGAAUUGCUGUCAUGCCUUAUUUGAGAACCUCACAUAACUUUCAGAUAAACCAUCUCUUUAUUUGGAAAGAGGCAGAAAUGGGUACCAUCAGUAUGGCUCAUCCUGAUUCUUGACCAAGUUUAUCCCAUUUAUUGCUUUUAUGUAUUUCCCUUUUUAUUUAUGAAUGCUUGUAAUUUUUGGCACUAGCACAACAGUUCCUUUGUUAACAUGAGCUUGGUUGCCAGAGAGGGCUCCAAAUAGUGUCUUCUUCCAAUGUUGUACUGAGCAAUUAAGAAAGGGAAGAGCAGCCAUACUUCGCACUAGCUAAAUAUCCCACACAGUGAUAAUGUGCAUUCAGUUAGUAUUGUUUGAGAGCAGAGAACCAGGGAGUAAGACUGUUACAUUUUGGAAAUAAAGUUUUUGAAGUAGUAGCCAGAUUUUAUAUGCCAAAGCCACUGAUUGCUCUGCUCUGCUAAUCUGUAUGGAAUCUGAUGAUGAGUCAAUAUUUUGAAGAUAAUAGCAAUAAAUUUAUAUUUACAUUAAAAAAAUACUAGUUUGUAGCCCUCAGAAUUGCAAGGGGGAAAAGGGGGGGGGGAGAGAGAGAGAUCAGUCCACUUAGAAGAAAUACAUGGAAAAUCCUUUAGUUGCUGUGGAUUUUUGGACUCCUUUGGGUACUGAUUCCUGUAUUUUGGUGGAUUUGUGGUACACAACUGAACUUAACCAUGCUAAGCUCCCAAGUAGGCAAGUCUAGGCAGUCCUGAAAGAGGCUAGAGGUGUAAGCUAUUGACUUCCCUUGUAAUGACAUAAUCCUGAUUAGUUUUAGUUUAGCAAAACAAGUUUGGCUGUUGACUCUUCCUUUCUUUAUUGCCCAUUAGUGUCAACUAAAAGCUUUAAACCAUUGUUUUCCUUGAGUUUUUCAGCAGCAUAUUCUGUUUCUCCUAUGCAAUCCUGUCAUUUGAUCUGUCCCUCUUUUCUUCCUUGUAUGUUUACUGCCAUUCUCCCAGUCUCUUAUGUGGUACACCUCAGUUUUCUCAUCCUUCCUCAUGAGCCAAAAUUGAGAUGGGGCACCUGAACCCAUUAAGAAGCAGGAGAACUUUCCUGAAAAGUAUAAGAUCACUGCUUCAUAGUAUAAUGUAUUUAUUUUUUUCUUCCUUCAGUCUUACCAAGUUGUGCCUAUGCUAAGCCUGUCAAAAAUAGAGGAACGCACCUGCUAAGAAAAUACUUUAUUAUGUCUUUUUUCCUUCCAAUUGGAUGUGACUUUAAUACAUUAAAAAAACAACAACAAGAUGAAAGAUCUUGUUUCUUCAGUUCCUUAUCAGUUAAUCACUGCUAACCUUGCACAAGUCUUUCAAUGUGUUGUUGUGGAGUUAACAUAUCAGACUUUAAUAAGUUGAUGUAUGUAAACAAAGAGCUCAGGGUUGUGUGUAAGUGCACUGAAAUUGAAAUUUUGCACUAAGAAAAGACUGUGAAUAAAUGUAAUAAUUCUGCUUCUGCAAACAAUUUGUGAGAGACAAGAAAUAAUAUAAAUCAUUGACAUUUCUCUG